AUGUUAGUACCUGAUCUUCGAGGGCAUGGUCUGACCCAUACUCAAGACGAUAAGGAUCUGUCAGCUGAGCGACAGACGAGAGAUAUUAUUGGAAUUUAUAAUGCAGUUUUUGGCGGUGAAUGCGAAGAAGAUCCGCCUCUCGUGUGUGUUGUUGGUCACAGCAUGGGUGGCGCGUUAGCAGUGCAUGUCGUAGCCACUAAUGAAAUUCCAAACGUGGUAGCCUUAGUAGUCAUUGACGUGGUGGAAGGCUCGGCCAUGGAAGCUCUUGGAGGAAUGCUAACCUUCCUCCGUGGACGCCCGAGCACAUUUGAGUCCGAGGAGAAAGCUGUCACCUGGUGCCUGCAGUCGGGUGCAACUAGGAAUCGAGAGGCAGCCAGAAUCUCAAUGCCAUCACAAAUCAAAAAGACAGAGGUCGUAAUCGGUCGCAGCUUCGCAUCUAGAACCCUUUUGGGUUGGUUUCAAGGUUUAUCAGCCAAGUUUCUGUCGUGCACCCCUCCGAAGCUGCUGGUGCUCGCUGGUGUAGAUCGGCUCGAUAAGGAUCUCACGAUAGCCCAAAUGCAAGGCAAAUUUCAAAACACAAUUCUUCCGAAAGUGGGGCACGCCGUGCACGAGGACAGCCCCGACGGGGGACGAGUUUUGUGCUCGAUUUGCUCUACGACAUCGCCUUCGCUGGAAGCAUGUGCUAGGCUGAGCACGACCACUCGCGCCAUCCCAUGA